CUCACUUCCAGUUCCACACUGCACUUCACCCGCACAACAAAAAAAACUCAGACAUGGAUGACCCUCUCACAAAAUGGCUCCACUUUCACACUAACAUCAACAUCACGUCGGGAACGUGUGGUGUUUUCGACAGCUGAUUUAUGGAAAGGCAGGAUAUAACUGCAACGUGAUGAAAUUAUGGAAAAAAUGAAGCCGGAGCUUUGUCCUGUAAGUCCCGGUGCCAAAUCGUGCAGCCCACUGAAGCAGGAUUCCAUCAUCAGGGAGAAUGGAUGCAAAGACCUGGAGGACUCGAAGAAGGGGAACUUCCCUGGGGAGGGGGUUAAGACAGAUGACGCGCCUCUGCGGGACCCGCGCAACCGGACCAUCAUCCUCAACGGUGUUGCCAAGGAAACCGCUUACGACGCUUUUGACCUGAAAAGGGAAGUACCAGUAAUCGAUCUCUCGAGGAGAGACGAUAUAAAGGCGGGACAGCAGAGAACGGACAGUCACACAGUACCCAUCACGGAGCUUCGCAGACCACCCGUGCCAUUGCCGCUGCCGCACCGAGACGCGCUGAACGACGCUCGAAUGGUUCAGCUGAGCCCAAACGCGUUCCCUCUCCCGGCGCGAGCGAUGCUCUACAACUUGGCGCAACCUCUCGCCGCAAUCAACAGUCUUGGAGGGGAGUCGGAACAGUACUGCAUGUACCCCAGCAACAGGGUAAAGCACCGUCCUGCGCCUUACGAGGUUGAGCUCGACGAGGCUGGCCAGCCAAAGAUUGUACGGCGGAUCUUCACCAACAGCCGGGAGCGCUGGCGGCAGCAGAACGUCAACGGGGCGUUCUCAGAGCUCCGGAAGCUCAUCCCCACCCACCCGCCUGACAAGAAGCUGAGCAAGAACGAGAUCCUGCGUCUGGCCAUGAAGUACAUCAGCUUCCUGUCCAACCUGCUGGAUGACCAGGACGGAGGGGGCACAGUGGCCGCAAGCGACGAGACGGGGCUUCUGGUGGGGGGCCAUGAGGGUGGACCCCAGGGGCCCUGUCAGGACGUGGUGGGACUGGCCACGGAGGACGACCCAUUCCUCCAGGGCACGUUGUCGCCCGGGUCCAGCUGUGGGAGUCUGCCAGAUGGGGACGGCAGUCCCGAGAGCUUCACAGAGGACAGGGACUCGCCCCCAGCCCAGAGGACUGUGCCCGCCCCGCGCGGUAGGGAACUGCGACGCAACGUGCGUCCACAAGACAGUUGCAGCCAGCGAUGACGGUGAUGAUAAUAGUGGUGGUGACAGUCAUGACGAUGGUGGUGACGGAGUUGACGAUGAUGGAGUUGAUGGUGACGGUGUUGAUGGUGGACCGCAGGAAAAUCGAAAUGGAUUGACUUAUGUCCCCGAAAGAGGGAUGACAAGGGCCCUAGCAUCUCUGAGCUUCAUCUAAAGAGCGGUGCUUUAGGUUCUGGAAGCAUGCUGAGGACAGAAUUUCACUUCAUCAGGAUGCUAAUCAGCCCAUACUGAAGCCAAUGGCAGCUUGCUUGGUAUGGUCCUUAUUUGGUCAGUUGGUUGACAAAACGAAAGACUUGUAAAUUCUGCAUGCUUUUAAUGCUGUCUACGACCUGGGUUGAGGAACACCUCAUAUUUCCGGAGUUAUGAAUGUUCAAAUACAGUGUGCUUCUGUUACACUAUCAUGUCAUGAGAAGUAUACAUCCUAUGUCAUCAUCAUAGAAGUCACUGAUGCCAUGGUACACGAGGCGACGCAAUGGAGGUUACAUCAGGAAAUGGCAAUGCUGUCAUGUUCUCACCUUGGGUUAAGAUCCAACUUCGCCAGUUGUCAAUGAGGGCAUUCUAACUCUUCUGAAUGGUCAAGUUUACGACAACAACACGACAACAGCAUAGCUGUUUCACUGAUAGCAAUGACUUGACGUCAAAUCUUCACAACAUAAUACACACUUAAACAAGUAUUAACAACAAUUAUUUGCUUGAAAAUGUGUUAUCUUAAGUAAGGUCGCACUCACAACACAUUAUCAAACAUGCACAUAUAUCAUUACCUACCAAAAUAUGUUCUACAGUGGUUCAUGUCAAGUGAUGUGAUUAGGCAGUUUGAUAUAUUUUAGACAGGGUUUUCAGGCAGGUUUUUUUUUUUAAGAUUCUGCUCAGUGCUCCUGAACACAUUAAAUCAACAGUAGCCAAACAACAUGUUCUCUAGAAAAUGAAUGACAAACAUGUAGAAUGAUAUAAAUGUGGUACCUUAUUUAUAUUUUUGGUCAUACAUAACUGAUUAGCAUUGAGUAAAACACCCCAGAGUAACAUGGCAACUGACUGUGAACCGUGUGCACACACAAACACACACACACACACACAAACACACACACACACACACACACAUCAAGUACAAUCUGAUUUCUGAGACACAUUGCCAUAGCAUGUAGAUGAUGGACUUAUGUGUGGCGAGGUAACAAGCAACUACAUCUACCAGAGGUUAAGAAAUUACAAUUUCUCCUGUCAAGAGGUACAAAUAGUAUUUCCGUAACUGAUGUCCAAUGAAAUCAUAUGAUGACUCACCCAAUAAUUUUGUAUAUUAUACAUUUCUAUUUCAAUGUUUUUUUUCAUUGUAAUGCACUUGUGAUUUGGUAUGGUACACUAAGUAUAUCACCUCCUAAAUAUGCCCUCAUUUUCUCUGUUGGGAUUAGCAACGACACCAGCAGUUUUAUGUCAGUAAACAGUGAGGCGUACAUCUCUGUUGUUUGGUUAUUUGAUCACUGCUUUUUCAGCAGACAUUUAGUAGCCUAUCUUGGUACCUUUGGUUACUAUUUUAUGAACUACAGGAAAGCAAAGGGGCAUUGUAUGUUCUUUUUAGUAAAAAAGCAUGUUUGUUGUAUGAUAGAUAUAUCUAUGACUAUAUGCAAUGGCUUUUAUAUAAAAUGCUGAAUAAAAUGAACACAUGAAA